UAGAAUAAACAGUGUCAGUGACUUCUUUAUUCACACUUUGACAAACAUAUUUGUCCUGUAAAUGUUGAUUGUCUCAAAUUUGUUUUUAUUUUAUUUUUUACUUCUAGAACCCAGAUUUGACCGCACUGCACAACCAUCUGAGGCCUACCUGUUUACUUUGUGAUUUCCAUCUACAACUAACUUGCUUUUAUUGCAAAUAACAGAAUCUACCUCAACCAAUUGCUUUCAGACUGUCAUUCGGUCUUACAUUUAACAAUGGAUGACAAAAUAUCAUCAAUAGAUCAAACAGACAAUAAUACAACAAUAUUCAAACAGGAACAGCCUCAAAGUUGUUGGUGUUGUUGGCCAAGUUGGUGUUGUUGGCCAAGUUGGUGUUGUAGCAAGCGACAGGUGACAUACAGAAUUCCAGCUCUUCUCUAUAUCAGUGAAAAUAAAACCUACCUUGCCUUUGCUGAAAAACGGAAAACACCAAAUGACACAGAUGCAGACAAGCUUGUGAUGAGAAGAGGAUUGUGGGAGGAAGACAAGAAAAACAUAAAGUGGGAUAGUGGGCAUCAGUUGCUCUCUUCAGCUUGUCUACCAAACCACCGCAGCAUGAAUCCAUGUCCAGUCUAUGAGAGAGAAUCUAAGACACUCUUUAUUUUUUUCAUUUGUGUUCCUUAUGGGGUCUCUGAAACUAUUCAAAUAAAAGCAAAAAAGAACCAGGCACGGCUUUGUUACGUAACCAGUCCGGACAACGGCAAUAUCUGGAGUGAUAUUACAGAACUGAAAGAUGUGAUCAGUGAAAAUGAGAAAAACUGGGCCACCUUUGCUGUUGGACCAGGACAUGGUAUUCAAAUGAAGGACGGAAGACUGAUUAUCCCAGCAUAUGUGUAUCACUUUGCUCAGCCCAAUGCGCCCGAAUCACAUGCAGUCACAUUUUUCAGUGAUGAUAAAGGACAUACUUGGCAUGUAGGAAAACAUAUGGAAGCUGAAUCUAAUGAAUGUCAGAUGGCUGAGAUCACAGAUGACAGUAAUAGUUUACUGUACUGCAAUGCUCGAAGUACAUCUGGCUACAGAGUCGAAGCUCUAAGCACCAGUAAAGGAGAAGAUUUUGAAAAACCUUUAACUGUUCAAAAGCUGAAAGAGACCGGUGAGGGUUGCCAAGGUAGUGUGCUAUAUAUACCUUCAUCUAAAUUGCUGCUCUAUUCUCAUCCAACCGAUGAACAUAAGAGAAACAAUCUCGGAAUCUAUGUGAAUAAAUCACCGCCAGAUCCAGAUCAAUGGACCCCAAUAAACCCCAAUAUCUAUAAUGGUCCAAGUGGAUACUCGGAUCUGGCCGAGUGUGAGAAUAGAGGGUACAUUGCUUGUCUCAUGGAAUGUGGAGAGAAAAAAGAAACUGAAAAGAUAGACUUCAAGUUCUUCAAAUAUCAAUGACACUGUGGAAUCUCCAUAGCAAUGUUCAAGUUAUAUUGGAAGAACUGUUGUCUUAUUUUUUUGCUAGUUCAUUUGUUUCCUUAUUACAAUAUGUUCAAAAUUCAAGUUAGAAAUGCAUCAGUUUAUUAAUUCAAACAACAAAUUAUCAUAAUCAAGCAAUAUACUUUCCAUAUUAGCAUUCCAAUUAUUCCUUUUUAAAAAUUAUAUUCCAUUCACCCGAGGUAUUCAGUAUGUAGCAGUAAACACACUUUAAUUAGUUUAGCUUUAUUUUAAUGAUCACUUUAGAACAUUACAUACAAAAUUACAUUCUCUGACUGAAACUUUUUUCUUUUUUCUUGUGGAAUCUGGAAUCGAAUUAAACAGAACAUACCAUGUUCAUCCUGAGACCUUGCAUUUUGUUCCAUUCCAUUUCACAUUUUUCAAUGCAUAAAAGAGUUAUGUGUGAAUGGGCUGCUGUAGCAAGUAAGUUGUCCUGGAGUACAUCAGAAAUAUAACGGGCUGGGGCAUCAGUUUACUGUAGGGGAUUUGUCUCAAUCCAGGAUCAGUGAUAUUAAUGUUCUCUUUUUGUUUUGUCCCGUCACGCUGUAAAAAUGGUGUUAGGCUACAAUAUUAAUUUUUAUGAUGACUACAAAGCUACUCACCAUAAUUUGAUAUGAGUUGAAAUAUCACACUGCUGAACGCAGCAACUGACCAAUCAGAAUCAAGUAUUCCAGAGAGCCGUGUAAUAAUAUUGUAUGCUAACGCUCAUUGUCAAAAUGUAAAGAAAAUGUUAUUUCUCAAUUGUUUAAUAUUACUUAAUGAAUUUGACAAACAUUGUACUUUGA